UUCUAUUCUAUUCUGUGCCUCUCGUUUGCAUCCACUUUCUGUGUCUCUGGUUUAUAUUUAUGGAGCCCAUUGAAAUCCCUUGUGUAUUGAUGCCUUUCCGCCAUCGCUGUUGGUUUUCUCUUAGACGUGUUCUUGGUGCCACGCCAGAAAGGGAGCAGAAGAUAAAUUUGAAACCGCUUUUGCGUACUGUUCUUGUUUGAUCGAUCCGUGGUUCUAUCGCUUUUCGAACCCACGGGUAUUGCUCUGUCCCUUUUGGAUUAUCGUUUUCAUUUGGUAUCAUUCAGUAGCUGACCGACCUGAUCGAAUAGCGUAGUUUCUGAUUUGCUGGGAAAGACGGCUGGUGGGAGCUUUUAGAUAGAAGGGUGUUGUGAUCUUUUCUGAAUGUGGAGUUAAGAGGGUGGAGCUGAUGAAAUGAGGGAUGUUAUCCAGCUUGAUGAACCUUCUGAGGGCUUGCUGGUUGCCAUCCUCGGACAAUAUCGUACACAGCAAUUCGGAUUCGGCAGGCCGUCGUGAAGGCCUACUAUGGUACAAAGAUCUUGGACAUCACAUGAAUGGUGAAUUUUCAAUGGCUGUUGUCCAGGCUAAUAACUUGCUUGAGGAUCAGAGCCAGAUUGAAUCGGGUCCAUUGAGCUUGCUCGAAUCCGGGCCGUUUGGAACAUUUAUUGGUGUCUAUGAUGGUCAUGGUGGACCUGAAGCAUCAAAUUACAUAUAUGACAAUCUUUUCCAGCAUUUGAAAAGGUUCACCACAGAACAACAAUCGAUGUCAUCUGAUGUGAUAAAGAAAGCAUUUCAAGCUACAGAGGAAGGGUUUAUUUCGUUAGUGGCUAAACAAUGGCAGAUGAAUCCCCAAAUUGCAGCUGUUGGUUCAUGCUGUUUGGUUGGUGUGAUCUGUGGUGGCACCCUUUACACAGCCAAUCUUGGCGAUUCCCGUGCUGUGCUGGGAAGGCUCGUUCAGGCGACCGAGGAGGUCGUUGCUGUUCAGCUAUCAGCCGAGCAUAAUGUGAGCAUAGAAGCUGUCAGAAGGGAGAUGCAGUCUUUGCACCCAGAUGACUCGCAUAUAGUAGUUUUGAAGCAUAAUGUAUGGCGAGUAAAAGGCUUAAUGCAGGUUUCCAGAUCUAUAGGCGACGCGUAUCUAAAGAAGGCUGAAUUCAACAGGGAGCCCUUGUAUGCGAAGUUUAGGCUUCGCGAACCGUUCAAUCGGCCAAUAUUGAGCUGUGAACCAUCAAUAUCAAUGCAUGAACUUCGACCACAAGAUCAAUUCAUCAUAUUUGCCUCUGAUGGUCUGUGGGAGCACCUUAGCAAUCAGCAGGCUGUGGAUAUUAUUCGAACUCACCCACAUCAUGGAAGUGCUAAGAGAUUGGUAAAAGCUGCUAUGCAGGAUGCAGCUAAGAAGCGAGAAAUGCGAUAUUCAGAUUUGAAGGACAUCGACCGAGGUAUCCGCCGUCAUUUUCACGAUGACAUCACAGUCAUAGUUGUAUUUCUCGACUCGAAUCUUGUGAGCAGAGCAAGCUCGGUCCGAGGCCCGACUACCUCUUUAAGAGGGAGGGGCGUUAUCUUACCAAAAAAGUCUCUAGCUCUUUGUGCUCCACCUGCAUAACUUAACACAAUCUGAUGAAGCUGAUAGACUCUUCUUGUAGUACCUAGUUUUUUAAUGCAUAGUUUAACAUUUAACACGGCAAGUGCUCUAUGUAGUUUCCAACAGUUUGAGCAGAAGUAAAUGAAAGAACCAGGAAAAUAGAGCUUAAUCCAAGCAGAAGUACUCUAUUUUGUUCA